GGGAGUAUUAAAGGCAGCCCCUCUCCCAGUCUCUGUGCACAUCCAGCCUUCUCUCUACUCUGUGCGCUUACUCAGCAGAUCUGUGUGUGUUCACAGAUGCUGUGCGUGCAUGUGUGUGUGUGUGUGUGUUGUUAAUAGUUGGAAGCAGAACUAUGAGCACAUACACUGUGGAGUUACUGGGUCCUGCACCCUGGGGCUUCAGACUGCAGGGUGGCAAAGACUUUAACAUGCCAUUAGCCAUCUCACGGCUAACAGAUAUUGGAAAGGCAGCUAAAGCAGGAGUUGGUGUGGGUGAUCUGGUUCUGUCCAUCGAUCGUGUCAACACAGAGGAAAUGAAUCAUCUGGAAGCUCAGAACAAGAUCAAAGCAUGUACAGGGAACCUACACCUUACCCUGCAGAGAGCCCCCAGUGUUCCAAAACCUGCAGAGAUACCACAGACAACCACAGUGUCGAUAAAUGCUCCUCCCAGUGUCAGUACACUUCCUGUCAACAGGCUGCCCCGUAAACCCAUUAGAGAGACAGACAUCGGCUUCUACCAUGUGCCGACGCACGCUGAUGCCAGCAGGAAACGCAUCAUGGAAGACACAGAGGACUGGAGACCACGCACAGGAACCUCACAGUCGCGGUCCUUCCGAAUCCUUGCUCAGAUCACAGGCACUGAGUCUGAGCAAGCGCUGCCAGAGACACAAGAGGCAGAUUCUGCCAAGAAGACAGGGCCAAUGAAGAUUAAGGUGGGACCUCGGUAUCAUAAAUUGCGAGACUGGCACCAUGGAGUGUCUGCUCAAACCCUCAACGUCCUCAGCCUGGUCUAGCUUAGCGCAUGUGUGUAUUGAUUAUAUUGAUUGUAUUUGAUUUGUGUGUGUGUGUGGUAUAGUAAUGGAGAGAGAGGCUGUUAGUGUGUGGCUAUAGUUUAUUAGUACUGUACUAUAUUAGUCCUGUGGUAUAUUAGUCCUGUGGUAUGUUGGUCCUGUGGUAUGUUAGUCCUGUGGUAUAUUAGUCCUGUGGUAUGUUAGUCCUGUGGUAUGUUAGUCCAGUGGUAUGUUAGUCCUGUGGUAUGUUAGUCCUGUGGUAUGUAAGUCCUGUGGUAUAUUAGUCCUGUGGUAUGUUAGUCCUGUGGUAUGUUAGUCCUGUGGUAUCUUAGUCCUGUGGUAUAUUUGUCCUGUGGUAUGUUAGUCCUGUGGUAUGUAAGUCCUGUGGUAUGUUAGUCCUGUGGUAUGUUGGUCCUGUGGUAUGUUAGUCCUGUGGUAUAUUAGUCCUGUGGUAUGUUAGUCCUGUGGUAUGGUGGUCCUGUGGUAUGUUGGUCCUGUGGUAUGUUAGUCCUGUGGUAUGUUAGUCCUGUGGUAUAUUAGUCCUGUGGUAUGUAAGUCCUGUGGUAUGUUAGUCCUGUGGUAUAUUAGUCCUGUGGUAUGUUAGUCCUGUGGUAUGUAAGUCCUGUGGUAUGUUAGUCCUGUGGUAUAUUAGUCCUGUGGUAUGUUAGUCCUGUGGUAUGUUAGUCCUGUGGUAUAUUAGUCCUGUGGUAUGUUAGUCCUGUGGUAUGUUAGUCCUGUUUAAACACUGAACUGAGGACUCAGAGCAGGAAACACUGCAUGAUUUUGGUUUUCACAUUUAGACAGUUAGUGGCAUAUUAAUAAGUUCUGAAAUGUAUUAUUAAACUAUUAUUACUCAUGCCUCUGGUCAUUGUGUUUAAGUCUGUUUUGGAUUGAUAGGUAUAAUAGUUAAGAUUGUGAUAUUUUAAUACUAAAGGUUGUGAUUCAUAAAUAUAUAUAUUUUUUGUGCAUCACCAAUAAAGUUAAUAUAUUUGCUACAUAACUGCAUAUUUGAAUAAUUUGCUUUGUCUUUCUCCCUCUGGUUGAAAAGCUGCUGGAAUUUGCUUCAGAUUUCGUUCAUGUGAAUCUUGUUUUGUCUGUGAUAUUCUAAUAAAGUUGUUGUGCCUCCUU